AUGUACCUGAUCAAUUCUACUCAUCACCAGGACAAUGCCUCCACUUUAGCAAGCAGCAGCACUUCUGUUCCAUAUCCUGACUCAAAGACCAGUCUGUUCAUUGCGUUUCUUUUGCUCAUAUCAUUUAUAAUCGGUAUCAUCACCAAUGGCCUCUACCUCUGGGUGCUGAAAUUCAGAAUGAAAAAGACGGUCAAUACGCUGUUAUUUUUGCAUCUCAUUCUCUCAUAUUUUAUUUCAACAUUGAUUAUACCAUUUAUGGCCACCUCCUACCUUCAGAACAAUCACUGGAACUUUGGAAUUGCCAUGUGCAAAGUCUUCAACAGUACUUUGUCUCUGGGGAUGUAUGCCUCUGUUUACUUCCUCUCAGCCAUUAGCCUUGAUCGCUAUCUUCUAACUCUUCAUCCAGUGUGGACACGUCAGCACCGAACCCCACAGUUGGCUUACAACAUCAUCAUUGGAGUUUGGAUCUGUGCCACUGCCCUCAGCAUGCCCUUUUUGUUUUUCAGGGAGACACAUGACAAUGGAAAAGGAAUUGUGAUCUGUCGAAAUAACUAUGCUAUGUCUGCUAACUGGGAAAGCAAAGAGAUACAAGCAUUGCGGAAAUGGAUUCAUGUGUCCUGUUUCAUCAGCCGCUUUUUGCUGGGCUUCCUUCUGCCUUUCUUCAUCAUUGUUGUUUCUUAUGGGAGAGUAGCCCACAAGAUAAAAGAGAAAGGCCUAGUCAAGUCCAGCAAACCCUUCAAAGUCAUGAUGACAGCCAUUAUCUCUUUCUUUGUGUGUUGGAUGCCCUACCAUAUAUACCAGGGCUUAAUUCUCACUGAGAGGCAUUCACUAUUUUUACAGUUAGCUCUGAUACUUACAGUAAUAACCACUUCCUUCAAUACUGCCUUUUCUCCCACACUGUACCUAUUUAUUGGAGAAAACUUCAAAAAAGUUUUCAAGAAGUCCAUUCUUGCUCUGUUUGAGUCAAUAUUCACUGAGGAUUCUUCUUCAGAAAAGACACAAAACCUAAAUUCAGGAGCUGAAAUUUAA